AUGGCGACCGACAACUCGGACCCAAUUCCUCCCCACAAGACGUUCGAUACCAUCCUGGUACUCGACUUCGGCUCCCAGUACACGCAUCUGAUUACGCGCCGCCUCCGCGAACUCAAUGUCUACUCUGAGAUGCUGCCAUGCACUACCAAGAUCGCUGAUCUGCCUUUCACCCCCAAGGGAGUUAUUCUCUCGGGUGGCCCGUACUCUGUCUACGAGGAAGGCGCACCACACGUCGACCACGCUGUUUUCGAUCUCGGCGUACCGAUCCUGGGAAUAUGCUACGGACUACAAGAGAUGGCGUGGCACUUUGGAAAGAACGCUGGCGUAGCUGCUGGCGAGAAGAGAGAAUACGGACACGCGAACCUGAAGGUUGAGAGUCACGGUGGACACAUGGACCAGCUGUUCAAGGACUUGGGCAACGAUCUCGAGGUCUGGAUGAGCCAUGGUGACAAGCUGAGCCACAUGCCUCAGGACUUCAUGACGGUUGCGACAACUACCAACGCGCCUUUCGCAGGUAUUGCGCACAGCACCAAGAAGUACUACGGCAUUCAGUUCCACCCUGAGGUUACACACACAAAGAAGGGUAAGGUUCUGUUGAAGAACUUCGCCAUCGACAUCUGCGAGGCCAACACCAACUGGACUAUGAGCAAGUUCGUCGAUCAGGAGAUCACACGUAUCAGGAAGUUGGUGGGCGACAAGGGACAGGUCAUUGGUGCCGUCAGUGGUGGCGUCGACUCGACUGUUGCUGCAAAGCUGAUGAAGGAGGCCAUUGGCGACCGCUUCCACGCCGUCAUGGUCGAUAACGGCGUCCUGCGACUCAACGAAGCCGUCCAAGUGAAGAAGACGCUCGACGAGGGCCUGGGCAUCAACCUGACCGUCAUCGACGCGUCCGACCUCUUCCUCGACCGCCUCAAGGGCGUAACUGACGACCCCGAGAAGAAGCGCAAGAUCAUCGGCAACACUUUUAUCGAGGUCUUCCAGAAGCAAGCCGAAAAGAUCAAAGCAGAAGCUCACGAAUCUGCCGACGCUGGUGAUAUUGAAUGGCUCCUUCAAGGUACUCUCUACCCCGACGUCAUCGAGUCGCUCUCCUUCAAGGGCCCUUCCCAAACCAUCAAGACACACCACAAUGUCGGUGGUCUACCAAAGGACAUGAAGCUCAAGGUCAUCGAGCCUCUACGUGAGCUUUUCAAGGAUGAGGUCCGUGAGCUGGGUAAGGAGCUCGGUAUCCCUGAAGACCUUGUCUGGCGCCACCCGUUCCCCGGUCCAGGUAUCGCAAUCCGCAUCCUGGGUGAGGUCACACGCGAGCAAGUCCGCAUUGCGCGGGAAGCCGAUAACAUCUUCAUCGAGGAGAUCAAGGCCGCGGGCCUGUACAAGAAGAUUAGUCAGGCGUUCGCUGCGCUUCUGCCUGUCAAGGCGGUUGGUGUCAUGGGUGACAAGCGAGUUCACGACCAGGUCAUCGCGUUGAGAGCUGUUGAGACAAGUGACUUCAUGACAGCGGACUGGUACCCCUUCGAUGGCGAGUUCCUCAAGAGGGUUAGCAGGAGGAUCGUGAACGAGGUGAACGGAGUUUGCCGCGUGGUAUACGACAUCACGAGCAAGCCUCCCGAUAGCUCCCAGACGAUACGCAGCCACGCCAAACUCCAAACUCCAAACUUGGAAACAACCAGGCCACUUGAUCCACGCUCUUCCCACGCGAAGAAAACCCCCUUCAAUGACGAUGCGAUGAAUCGUUCCUCAUCCUCUGGCUCACGCGCCCGCCAAUCCUCCCAACAGCCUACACCCCUCCGUCCCCAGUCCACGCGCCGUCCGUCCUCGCGCCCCAACCAGCCCUCACGCUCCACGUCUUUUGCACCUUCUCUCCGGCGGCGCACAACAGGCCAGUCCUUCCUGUCCCUCGACCCUGACCAUGAUGACCCUGAGGCUGCAGAAACUACACAUACUGAUGCGGCCAUCGUCGAAGAGAUAGCAGAGAUCAAACGGUAUGAGGACUUCACAACAAUAGACUGGGUUCAAGACGCUGCCCGCGAACAACUGCGACGGAAAGCGCGCCGGCGUGAAAGAGAUAGCAUCGGUGUGCGGAAAGAUGGCAGGACCGCGAAAGUGUUCCUAGGCCGAGGACAAGGGAAAUGGAGGCGGAAGAUCGCCGAAGCAUACGAUGCAGGCCAAGCGUGGAUUGUCGUUACGCUUGUUGGCGCUGCGAUAGGUCUCAACGCGGCCUUCCUCAAUAUCAUCACCGAAUGGCUGAGUGAUAUCAAACUGGGACAUUGCACUACGGCCUUUUACCUCAACGAGAGUUUCUGUUGCUGGGGUGCCGAAGGUGGUUGCCCUGAGUGGAAACGCUGGAGUGGAUUUUGGCCAGCGAAUUACGUUCUCUACAUCAUGUUCGCAGCUCUGUUCUCCUUUACCGCGGCAAGGCUGGUCAAGAGCUUCGCACCUUAUGCAGCUGGUUCGGGCAUCUCAGAGAUGAAGUGCAUAAUCGCGGGUUUCGUUAUGAAGGGCUUCCUAGGCUUCACCACGCUUUUCAUCAAGUCGAUUGGCCUGCCACUGGCUAUUGCGUCGGGGCUGUCUGUCGGCAAGGAAGGGCCUAGUGUGCAUUAUGCCGUAUGUACGGGUAAUGUGAUCAGUAGGUUCUUCGACAAGUACAGAAGGAACGCGGCCAAGACGAGAGAGAUCUUAUGUGCGAGCGCGGCAGCAGGUGUAGGUGUAGCAUUUGGAAGUCCAAUUGGAGGUGUGCUUUUCUCACUGGAGGAGAUGAGCAAUCAGUUUCCACUCAAGACGCUCUGGAGGAGUUAUUUCUGUGCGCUAGUUGCUACGGCAGUUCUGGCUGCUAUGAAUCCCUUCCGAACAGGCCAGCUCGUCAUGUUCAACGUCUCGUAUGACCGCUCCUGGCACUUUUUCGAAAUCCUCUUCUACAUCAUCAUCGGUGUCUUUGGCGGCCUCUAUGGUGCUUUCGUCAUCAAAUGGAAUCUCAAGAUGCAAGUCUUUCGCAAGAAGUAUCUCUCGGCGUACCCCAUUACAGAGGCUGUUACGCUAGCUGUCAUCACCGGUGUCAUCUGCUAUCCGAACAUGUUCUUAAGGAUCGAUAUGACAGAGAGUAUGGAGAUUCUGUUUCAGGAGUGUGAGGGCGACAAAGGCUAUGACCGUCUGUGUGAUGCGAACCAUCGCUGGCACAAUGUUGGAACCCUUGCCAUUGCGACGGUCCUACGCACACUGUUGGUCGUUAUAUCGUUCGGGUGUAAAGUACCUGCUGGUAUCUUCGUGCCCAGUAUGGCCAUUGGCGCCGCUUUUGGUCGUAUGGUCGGUAUCUGCGUUCAAGCUCUGCACGAAUCUUUCCCUGGCUCAGCUUUCUUCUCGGCCUGCGAUCCAGAUGGAGCUUGUAUCACACCAGGCACCUACGCCUUCCUCGGCGCAGCGGCGGCUCUCAGUGGCAUCAUGCACAUCACGGUUAGCGUUGUGGUCAUCAUGUUCGAGAUCACCGGCGCAUUGACAUACAUUCUCCCCACAAUGAUAGUCGUGGGCGUUACAAAAGCAGUUAGCGAACGUUUUGGUCAUGGCGGAAUCGCAGACCGCAUGAUCUACCUGAACGGCUAUCCGUUCCUCGACAGCAAAGAAGAACACACCUUUGGUGUUCCUGUGAGCCAAGUCAUGUCCAGCCGUGUGGUCUGCCUACCAGCCACAGGUAUGGAACUUCGUCAGAUGGAACGUCUAAUGAAUGAAAACGCCUACCAAGGCUACCCUAUCGUAGAGGACGUGAAGACGAAGACACUCGUCGGCUACGUUGGCCGAACAGAACUACGCUAUGCUAUUGAUCGCGCCAAAAUCGAACAGCAGGCUCCAGGUCACGCAAAAUGUUAUUUCACACCUUCUUCUCCUGCUAGCAACACCAGUUCCCGAGCUGCAAGCGGCACAGCAGCAUCAGCACCCAACACAACGUUUGACUCCAUACCCACAACCUCUUCUCAGACCUCAUUAGACUUCACCCGCUACAUCGAUCCAACACCACUCUCAGUGCAUCCCCGCCUACCCCUCGAGACCGUCAUGGAGCUGUUCAAGAAGAUGGGUCCACGGGUCGUUUUGAUCGAAUAUCGCGGCCGUCUAACUGGUCUCAUUACCAUCAAGGACUGUCUGAAGUACCAGUUCAAAGUUGAGGCUGGAGGUGGACACGGUGGUGGAACAGGGAAUGGCGAUGAGGGUAUGGAGAGAUUAGCGAGUUGGGGGAGGACAGUGGUAAACUGGGGCAGAAGGAGAAUCGGCUUGAAGGAAGUGGGUGAGGUUAGGUUGGCAAGUCCUACGGCUGCGACUGCUAGGGAUGCGAGAGAUGUUAGGAGAGAGAGUGGUCACGAUGACAGAGUUGAUGGGACAUUUGCUGUCGGAGACGGGGAUGACGAUGACAAUGAUAUUGGACGAAGUAGGGAUGUGGAGUUGGAAGAUAGAGGGAGAGAUAGAUAUCCCUCACCGCCCUCGAUAGACCCCCAGAUCAUCGUCGACCACCUGGAAAAGGUGCUUGACGUCAGCUUGGGAGCCUCGAAAGAGGAUCUAUUUGCACCCGGUAGUCUGCUGUCCAGCGCCAAGCUGCAGGACACGCUGCAGCGAUGCGCCCGCUUCGCCUCCGAGGGGCAGUCAGCGCUGUACGUUGUGAAAGACCGGGCAGAUGAACCCCGGGCGACCCAGCAUUUUACCUAUACCAUUUCGACCGAGAUUACGGCUUCUCCUACUUGUGCAGCAUUUGUUGUUAUUUCGAAGCGACCGAUACCCAUAGACCCCGCGAUACCCCUAAGCCAGCAGGUCCUUAUUCAGACGUUGCCCGGCUUUAUACUUUCUAAUAACGCUUCUUCGCCCGACGGCACUCCCUAUGAGUUUCUUCGUUCUCUCAUUCAGUCUGCGGUCGAGCCGUACUUUGACACCUACACCAAGAGCCAACGCGACCUGGCGGGAAAAUACAGCAAGGGCGACAACGAUGCUAGGACGGGAAUUUCGGCGACAAGGAAGAAGAUUGCGGAGCUGGCUGUCAGUUUGGGCAACCUCGAGCAGAAUGUGGAGAUCCCGGAGCUGCUACUGCCUCUCCACCCGCUUAUCCAGAGUGCGCUGGACGAUGCUAAUCAGCGUGGCGUGAAACCCUCUCCAGAACUCAUCCCUGCCGCAAUCGUACAAGACAGUAGCUUCCUUAACGGACUGCAGUCGACAGUCAAUGGUUGGAUCAAAUCGAUACAGACAAUCACCAAGACAUCUCGAGAUGUGUCUACUGGAACUGCAGCGCAAGAGAUCAACUUCUGGAUUUCCAUGGAGUCAAGGCUACAAGACAUUGAGACGCAAUUGGGUAGUCCCGGUGUUAGGCUCACUUUGGACGUGUUGAAGAACGCGAAGCGUUUCCAGGCUACCGUCAGCUUCAGCGCAGACACUGGGCUCAAGGAGAGCACGGAUCUGGUGCAGAAGUACAACCAGCUCAUGCGAGAAUUUCCUUUGGACCAGCUGUUGUCUUCAACCUCACUACAAGCGGUACAGGAGGCGAUUCAAUCCAUCUUCAGUCACAUGAACAAGAAGCUUCGUAUUUGCCCUUACCCUGUCCGCCGAGCGCUUCCUCUUGUUGAAGCUAUUUCCGGCGACCUCGAUAAACAGCUCCAUAACCUCCUACACGGCAAGACGCUCAUGCACAUGGAUUACCCCGAAUUUCAGGCCAUCAUGGCUGUUGCGGAGAGCAUCUGGCGUACAUGGGAGGAGAACGUCAAGGAGUUCACCAAUGUUGCUCGUGAAGUGACUAGGCGAAGGAACGAGAAGUUCAUCCCCAUCAAGAUUGCAGCUAGGCACAAAGAAACGGAAGAGCGCAUUCGCUACAUCACCACAUUCCGCAAGAACCACGAGCAGCUCCAGCGAACCAUCGUCAACGUCUUGGGCUCGCAAUCUUCCUUGUCCGAGAGUGCCCCAGCCAAGGAGGCGGUUAUCAUCGAAGAGAUUGGUGACGUGGAUGCUGUAAAGGAGGUCAAGGAAGCCUACGAUGUCCUCAAGGACGUCGAUGUGCUGGAUGUCUCACCUGAAGGCACGCGCCUUUUCGAACAAGCAGAGCAAAAGUACAACGAGCGUACUUCUCGUGUCGAGAACUCCAUCAUCGCUAGGCUUAGAGACCGUCUCGGUACUGCUAAGACCGCCAGCGAGAUGUUCCGCGUCUUUUCCAAGUUCAACCCGCUCUUCGUCCGACCGAAAAUUCGGGGUGCUAUUUCCGAAUACCAGACGCAGCUCAUUGAGAACGUCAAGCAGGAUAUCUUGGCGCUUCAUGAGCGCUUCAAGCGUCAGUACGGCAACUCUGAAGCCCACGCCAUGGCGCAGCUCCGUGACUUCCCCCCAGUUUCUGGCGCUGUUAUCUGGGCUCGACAGAUUGAAACACAAUUGGAGAGCUACAUGGGCAAGGUCGAAGACAUCCUGGGCAAGGACUGGGCGCUUCACGCUGAAGGACAGAAGCUCCAGGCUGAGAGCAGUAUGUUCAAGAAGAAGCUCGACACCCGACCGAUCUUCGAGUCCUGGCUUCAAGAGGUGGCUAGGAGGAAACUCCAGAUCUCCGGGCGUCUUUUCCUUGUCAGCAGGAACCGUGCCGCAGGAAACAUCUUGGAGCUGAACGUCAACUUUGAUGCACAAGUCAUUGCGCUGUUCAAGGAAGUUCGUAAUCUGACAUGGCGCGGCUACCAAGUGCCCCACGGCAUCAACAACAUCUCGAAGGAGGCCAAGCGUGUGUACCCUUACGCUGUUAGUCUCAUGGAAAGCGUUCGCACCUACACUCAGACCCUGCGCUCCAUCGCUGAGAUGGGAGGAGUUGCUCUCUUGCUUAACAACUAUGUUAAUGAGGUGCAAGCACUUGUCGGUAAAGGUGUUCCUCUAAAGUGGGAGUCUUUCGUGCAUGCUUACGAUCUCCACGUCCGACAAUCCGGCUUUCCCGUUGGAGGUGGAAGCGUUCGUAGUGAGAGCAAGCAUGUUCAAUUUGUCCGUGACUUUGCGGCUACGACAUCGCUACUUCAGCUCAAGGUCGCAACACUCGUCAACAUCAACGCUGCGGUCGAGAAAUCGUUGAAGGAUUUGGAGACUUGCCCAUACACCAAGGAGGCUUUCCAACAAAACCUAGAGACCAUCCAGAAGUCCAUUGACCAGCUUAACCUUGAGAGCUACGCCAACCUUGCUUCUUGGGUAUCUGACAUGAACUCGCGCAUUGAGUCCAUUCUGUUGGUCCGUCUUAGCCGAGCUAUCGCUUUGUGGAUCGAGGUCUUCAAUAAUAUCGACGAAGAAGACGGAAAUCGACGUCCAGUCAGUGAAGCCGUCUCGAUAGAGGUACCCGAGGUGAAGCCAACUCUUGCACGGUUAACUCUUGAGAUUACUAUGCGAAACCAAGUCAUCUACCUCAGCCCGCCAGUGGAAUUCGCGCGAGCAAGCUGGCUUGAGCAGCUUCAGCAAUGGCUCGCCAUCAUCUGCACCCUUCAGAAGAUCAAGGCUUCACGAUACGAGAUCCGACUUGAAGCAACUAAUGACACCUCGGUCAGCCAAUUCUCCGACCUGCCAAGCCGAUGCACCGAUUCGCUGAUCGAAGUCUAUGGCGCCGUUGAGGGCAAGCUCCGUGACAUCUCAUCGUAUGUUGACGAGUGGCUUCAGUUCCAGUCCCUGUGGGACCUGCAGUCUGAGCACGUCUAUGAUAUCCUUGGUGAGGAUCUCUCCCGAUGGCUACAACUUCUCCAGGAGAUUCGUAAGACUCGUGCUACAUUCGACAACUCCGAUAUCAGUCGUCAGUUCGGAUAUGUCACCGUCGAUUAUGACCAAGUGCAGGUCAAGGUCAACGCCAAGUACGACCAAUGGCAGCAGGAAAUCCUUACCAAGUUCGCUAGUAGACUGGGCCAGCGCAUGAACGACGUGUAUGUGCAGAUCGAGAAGGCACGCAAAGAUCUCGAGAUGCAGACCCUGGAGGCUUCGUCCACUGCUCAGGCUGUAUCGUUCAUUACCACAGUCCAACAAUGCAAGAGGAAGGUCCUUGAGUGGGAACCAGAGAUUUCCACAUUCCGCCAGGGUCAAGCGACUUUGGCGCGCCAGCGUUACCAGUUUCCCUCUGACUGGCUGCAGAUGGAACAAAUCGACCAUGAAUGGCAGACGUUGAACGAGGUCUUGGAGAGGAAGACCAAGAUCGCGAACGAUCAAGCAGACGCUCUGCGCGCUAAGAUUGCUGCCGAAGACAAGGUCGUCAACCAGAAGAUCAUGGACAUUACCGGAGAGUGGGCGGAAGACAAACCUGUCGCAGGCAACCUGGCGCCAGCUGAUGCCUCUGCCAUCCUUGCUAAGUUUGAUCAGAAGCUCAACCAGCUGCAGAGCGAGUCCAGCAACAUCUCCAAAGCCAAAGAAGCUCUUGGGUUGCCACCGUCUCCGGAGAACGCACUGGAGACCCUGCUGGAGGAAGUGCAAGACUUUAAGUCCGUCUGGUCCGCGCUCGGCACGAUUUGGGCCAGCAUCGACGACCUCCGUGAGGUAUUGUGGACCAGUAUCCAGCCCCGCAAGCUGCGACAGAAUCUUGACAACCUACUCAAGAUGACCAAGGACAUGCCUAGUCGGAUGCGACAGUACCAGGCUUUCGAGUAUGUUCAAACUACACUGAAGCAACUUCUCAAAGAGAAUGCCAUCCUUGCAGAGUUGCGCUCUGAUGCCGUCAAAGAGCGCCAUUGGGUUAGAAUUUUCAAGAACCUGAGACCACACAAGCGUUACUCCGCAAUAUCCAUGACCCUCGGUGAUGUUUGGGAUCUCAAGCUUGGUCCCAGCGAGAAGAUCAUCCGAGAUGUCAUUACUCAGGCAGCUGGCGAGAUGGCACUGGAAGAAUUUCUCAAGCAGGUUCGCGAGACCUGGCAGAAUUAUGCUCUGGAGCUUGUCAACUACCAGAACAAGUGCCGUCUCAUCAGGGGAUGGGACGACCUCUUUGCCAAGUGCAGCGAGAACCUCAACUCACUACAGGCUAUGCGCCACUCGCCUUACUACAAGGAGUUCGAGGAAGAAGCAUCGUCUUGGGAGGACAAGCUCAACCGUGUACACGUUCUGUUCGACGUAUGGAUUGAUGUGCAACGCCAAUGGGUUUACCUGGAGGGUGUAUUCACUGGUAACGCUGACAUUAAGCACCUUUUGCCAAUGGAGUCGGCUCGUUUCCAGAACAUCAACUCUGAAUUCUUGUCAGUUAUGAAGAAGGUCUCGCGACAGCCUUUCGUGCUCGAAGUUCUCAACAUCUCUGGUGUGCAGAAGUCAUUAGAGCGCCUCGCUGAGCUCUUGAACAAAAUUCAGAAGGCUCUCGGAGAGUACCUGGAGCGCGAGCGUGUGUCAUUCCCUCGAUUCUACUUCGUCGGUGACGAAGACCUGCUGGAAAUCAUUGGUAACAGUAACGACGUUCUCCGUAUUGCUAAACACCUGCGGAAGAUGUUCGCUGGUAUUUCUGGACUUAUCACGGACGAGGAUGGCGUGAUUCAAGGGUUCACGUCCAAGGAAGGGGAAGAGGUCACGCUUCGCAAAGAAAUUUCGCUUGUCAAGACACCUAGGAUCAACGAGUGGCUUGGUGCACUAGAAGCUAACAUGAAGUCUACGCUGGCUGAGUUGACCUUCGAAGCUUACGAAGAGUUCGCUCAGCUCAUCGAACCGGACAUGAUGGAUGCCCAAGCUUUCACUGAUUACAUCGCCAAGUACCCUACCCAAGUGGUAGUCCUUGGAACGCAAAUUGCGUGGACUCAUGCUGUGGAGAAGUCUCUUGCUGAGGAGGGAACGACCUUGCCUCAGUUGUAUGAAAAACAAGUCAACGUCUUGAAGCUGCUCGCUACGGCUGUUCUGGGUGAUCUUGAACCCAUCCAGCGCCGUAAAUGCGAGGAUCUUAUCACCGAGUUCGUCCACCAGCGAGAUGUCAUCCACAAGCUUGAGAAGGUUGGCGCUCGCUCACCCACCCACCACAUGUGGCUACUGUGCAUGCGAUAUGUAUAUGAGCCCGGCAAUGAUCUACUACAGCGACUGAGGAUCAAGAUGGCAAAUGCAGUCCUCGACUACGGCUUUGAGUACUUGGGUGUUGCGGACCGCCUCGUACGCACACCUCUUACCGACCGCUGUUUCCUGACCCUCACACAGGCGCUCUGCCAACGACUUGGUGGCUCACCAUACGGUCCCGCUGGUACUGGAAAGACCGAGUCUGUCAAAGCUCUCGGUGUACAACUUGGACGAUUUACCCUGGUUUUCUGCUGUGACGACACAUUCGAUUUCCAGGCCAUGGGUCGUAUCUUCCUUGGUAUCUGUCAGGUCGGAGCUUGGGGUUGUUUCGACGAGUUCAAUCGUUUGGAGGAGCGUAUCCUUUCAGCUGUGUCGCAGCAGAUCCAGAACAUCCAGCUGGGUCUCAAGAAGGGUGCUGAGGAUGAGAAGUCCCAGAUCGAACUCAUUGGUCGUCAAUUGAAAGUCAACGGCAAUACUGGUGUCUUCAUUACCAUGAACCCUGGUUACGCGGGUCGAUCGAAUUUGCCUGACAAUCUCAAGAAGCUCUUCCGAAGUGUCGCCAUGUCCAAGCCCGACAAGGAACUUAUUGCAGAAGUUAUGCUCUACUCCCAAGGUUUUUCUCAGGCCAAGGAAUUAUCGAAACAGGUCGUACCAUUCUUCGACAGGUGCUCAGGGGGUCUUUCCAAGCAAGCUCAUUACGACUUUGGUCUUCGUGCACUGAAGAGUGUACUUGUUAGCUCUGGUGGCUUGAAGCGAGCCCGUAUCGCCGCUCAGCAAGACUCUCAGACCCUAGACGAAGCGAGCAUGGAGCCUCAAAUCAUCAUCCAGAGUUUGCGCGAGACCAUGGCACCAAAGCUCAUUCGCUCUGAUGUUGAGCUCAUGAUGGCCAUCCAAGAAGAGUCAUUCCCUGGUGUUGAAUACAUUCCUGCGCCCCUUGAUCAAUUAACUGAGGCUAUCCACAAGUGCGCCGCUGAGUCAAAGCUCGUGGUUAGUGAUUCUUGGAUGACCAAGAUCAUUCAACUCUACCAGAUUCAGAAAUUGCACCACGGUGUCAUGAUGGUCGGUUCUUCUGGAUCCGGAAAGUCCGCUGCCUGGAGGACGCUUCUUUCCGCUCUUCAAGCCGUAGAGGGUGUAGAAGGCGUCUGUCACGUCAUCGACCCCAAGGUCAUGUCAAAGGAGCAGCUUUAUGGAACUCUUGACAGCACUACUCGCGAAUGGACCGACGGUCUCUUCACGAGUAUACUGCGCAAGAUUGUCGACAACCUCCGUGGUGAGGACACUAAGCGCCAUUGGAUCGUAUUUGACGGAGAUGUUGACCCCGAGUGGGUCGAGAACUUGAACUCCGUGCUUGACGACAACAAGCUUCUCACCUUGCCAAACGGAGAGCGUCUCAAUUUGCCCUCUAACGUUCGCAUCAUGUUCGAAGUUGAGACCCUCAAGUACGCCACUCUUGCUACUGUCUCCCGUUGUGGUAUGGUCUGGUUCAGCGACGACACUGUGGAGGUCGAUAUGAUGAUCAAGAACUACAUUGAGCACCUCAAGACUACACCGUUUGAGGAUAUUGAAGACGAUUCGGUUGCUCCAGGUCAGAUGUCUCAGAAGACAAUGACCACCCAGGGUCUAAUCGCCGACUUCCUGCACAUCAAGCUCACCCAGGAUCGGUUCAUCGAGAAAGCCCUCAGCAUGGCUAGGAAGUUCAAGCACAUCAUGGAGUACACCGACAUUCGUGCGCUCAACACGCUGUUCUCUCUGCUCAACAAGGCUUGUCGCAAUGUCCUAGAGUACAACGUGCAGCACCCGGACUUCUCUCUUGAGGACGAUAAGAUGGAGACUUAUCUAGCGAAAAAGAUGCUUAUCGCUUUGGUGUGGGCUUUAGUUGGUGAUUGCCCUCUGAUGGAGCGCAAGCAAUUUGGAGACCUGAUCGCUGGCCUCACCGACGUCGAGCUUCCCACCCUCAACGAAUCUACUUCACUCAUCGAUUACGAUGUCAAGCCUGACAAGCCAGAAUGGGAUACUUGGCAGAGUCAGGUACCGAAUGUUGAGGUCAACACCCAUUCCGUCACUCAGACUGAUGUGGUUAUUCCGACGCUGGACACGGUCCGUCACGAGGAUGUUCUCUACUCUUGGCUCGCGGAGCACAAGCCACUAUUGCUUUGCGGUCCUCCAGGUUCCGGAAAGACCAUGACACUGUUCAGCGCACUCCGAAAGCUGCCCAACAUGCAGGUUGUAGGUCUCAACUUCUCUAGUGCAACUACACCGGAUCUUCUCAUCAAGACAUUCGAGCAAUACUGCGAGUACAAGAAGACUCUCAAUGGUGUUCAGCUUACGCCUACUCAAGUUGGCCGUUGGUUAGUAAUCUUCUGUGACGAGAUCAACUUGCCUGCACCCGACAAGUACGGCACUCAGCGAGCGAUCUCCUUCUUGCGACAGCUGGUUGAGCACAACGGUUUCUGGAGGACGUCUGACAAGACUUGGGUUACUCUGGAUCGCAUACAAUUCGUUGGCGCUUGUAACCCUCCCACAGAUGCUGGUCGUACGCCAAUGGGACUCAGGUUCUUGCGUCAUGCUCCACUUAUCAUGGUCGACUACCCCGGACAGCAAUCGCUUCUGCAGAUUUACGGUACCUUCAAUACUGCCGUGCUCAAGAUCAUCCCGACUUUACGAGGAUAUGCGGACGCUCUUACCAGGGCCAUGGUACAGCUCUACGCAGAGUCUCAAAAGCGCUUUACGCCAGACAUUCAACCACACUAUGUUUACUCUCCCCGUGAGCUUACUCGAUGGGUACGUGGUAUCUAUGAGGCUCUACGACCACUUGAGAGCUUGCCAAUUGAGGGUCUUGUCCGUAUCUGGGCGCACGAAGCACUACGCUUAUUCCAGGAUCGACUCAUCGCAGAAGAAGAGAGACAAUGGACCGAAGAAUGCGUCCACCGUAUUGCGGCUGAACACUUCCCUACUAUCGACGAGGAGAAAGCUCUUGGUGGCCCCAUUCUCUUCUCCAACUGGCUAUCCAAGAAUUACGUGCCGGUUGAGCGCGAGCAACUUCGAGAGUUCGUCAAGGCUCGUCUCCGAACCUUCUGCGAGGAAGAGGUGGACGUACCGCUCAUUCUGUUCAACGACGUGCUCGAGCAUGUACUCCGCAUCGAUCGUGUCUUCCGUCAACCACAAGGUCAUCUUAUCCUUAUCGGUGUCAGCGGCUCCGGAAAGACGACACUGUCGCGCUUCGUCGCCUGGAUGAACGGUCUGAGCGUCUACCAGAUCAAGGUCCACGGAAAGUACUCUGGCGAAGACUUCGACGAAGACUUGCGUACUGUUCUUCGACGAUGCGGUUGCAAGGGCGAAAAGAUCUGCUUUAUCAUGGACGAAGCCAAUGUUCUUGACUCCGGUUUCCUCGAACGCAUGAACACUCUCUUGGCAAACGCGGAGGUCCCUGGUCUGUUUGAGGGUGAUGAGUAUGCUUCUUUGCUUACUGCUAUCAAGGAGGGUGCGCAGCGACAAGGUAUCAUUCUCGACUCACAGGAAGAGUUGUACAAGUGGUUCACGGAGCAGAUUGUCAAGAACCUCCACGUGGUGUUCACUAUGAACCCUCCCGAGGAAGGCCUGUCAUCAAAGGCAGCUACCAGUCCCGCUCUUUUCAACCGUUGCGUGCUCAACUGGUUCGGAGACUGGUCUGAUCAGGCUCUGUACCAAGUCAGCUCCGAGCUUACACAGUCUGUCGAUCUCGACCGCGCAAACUACGUUGCGCCAGAUAGCAUUCCAGUCGCCUAUCGUGGACUUACCCUCCCACCAUCUCAUCGCGAGAGCGUGGUCAACGCCAUGGUCGCAGUACACCACUCAUUACGCAGCAAGAACGCGAAGUUGCAGAAGACACAAAACAGGAAGAUGUACCUCACGCCGCGUCACUUCCUGGACUUUGUUGCACAGUAUGUCAAGCUCUACAACGAGAAGCGCGAGGACCUUGAGGAACAGCAGCGCCAUCUCAACGUUGGUCUGGAGAAGCUUCGUGAGACAUUCGACAAGGUCAAGGAACUGCGAGCAAGCCUUGCCGAGAAACAAACACAGCUUACUAAGAAGGAUGCUGAAGCAAAUGAGAAGCUGCAGCGCAUGAUUGCAGAUCAGAACGAGGCGGAACAGAAGAAGGCUGGGUCGAUCAAGAUGCAAGCGCAACUUGCCAAGGACAAAGAAGAGAUUCAGAAGCGACAAGAGGUGGUAGAGCAUGACUUGGCAGCUGCCGAGCCGGCUGUUUUGGAGGCACAGAAGAGUGUGCAAAACAUCAAGCGACAACAUCUGACUGAAGUUAGAUCUAUGCAGAACCCUCCCGCUGGUGUCAAGCUUGCGCUGGAAGCUGUCUGCACGAUCCUUGGACAUAAGCCUGACAGUUGGAAGACCAUUGUUUCCAUUGUUAGGCGUGACGACUUCAUCGCCAGUAUCGUGCAGUUCGACAACGAGAGGCAGAUGACGGCAGCCCACCGUAGGAAGAUGCAGAAGGAAUACCUCUCUCAAGAGGACUUUACUUUCGAGAAGGUCAACCGCGCUUCCAAAGCCUGUGGUCCUCUCGUACAGUGGGUGUCUGCUCAAGUCACCUACUCAGAUAUUCUCGACCGAGUCGGACCCCUACGUGCUGAAGUCGAUCAGCUUCAAGUGGAGCUACAGAAGACUGAAGAGGGUGCGAAGGAGACCCAGCUUCUCAUCCAGAACCUCGAGGAGAGUAUCGGCCGGUACAAGACCGAAUACGCCGCUCUGAUCAGCGAGACCCAGGCCAUUAAGACGGAGAUGUCGACCGUUCAAUUUAAGGUUGAUCGCAGUGUACGCCUCCUCGACAGCUUGUCUUCCGAACGUGUUCGAUGGGAAGAGAGCAGCAAGUCAUUCGACUCUCAGAUCGAUACUAUCGUCGGCGACGUCUUAGUUGCGGCUGCAUUCAUCGCCUAUGCCGGUUACUACGAUCAGCAGUACAGGAAAGCUCUCACGGAAGAUUGGUAUGAUCAUCUCAAGCACUCUGGAAUCAGCUUCAAGCCAACAAACCCAUUCACGGAGUACCUAUCGACUGCUGAUGACCGCCUAAAUUGGCAACACAAUGGUUUACCAGUGGAUGACCUGUGUACGGAGAACGCUAUCAUUCUCGAGAGGUUCAACCGUUACCCGUUGAUCAUCGAUCCUUCUGGCAGGACCACAGAGUUCUUGCAGAACGAAUGCAAGGACCGCCGUCUCACAGUGACCAGUUUCCUGGAUGACUCGUUCACGAAGCAGCUCGAGAGCUCUUUGCGUUUCGGUAACCCGAUCUUGAUCCAGGAUGCCGAACAUCUGGACCCUAUCCUCAACCACGUCCUCAACAAGGAGUACCAGAAGACUGGAGGUCGUGUGCUUAUUCAACUUGGCAAGCAGGAGAUUGACUUUUCGCCGUCUUUCCGUUUGUACCUCUCGACACGCGAUCCGUCGGCCAAUUUCGCUCCCGAUAUCUGCAGUCGUACCACAUUUGUCAACUUCACAGUCACGCAGAGCAGUUUGCAAACACAGACACUUAAUGAAGUCCUCAAAUCAGAGCGCCCCGAUGUCGAUGAGCGCCGAUCUAACCUCAUCAAGAUGCAAGGAGAGUUUGCGGUCCAUCUUCGUCAGCUCGAGAAGCGAUUGCUCCAAGCCCUCAACGAGUCGCGCGGCAACAUUCUGGAUGACGACCGCGUCAUCGAAACGCUCGAGACGCUCAAGAAGGAGGCCAAGGACAUUUCGGACAAGGUUUCCGAGACCACUGGGGUCAUGACCGAGGUGGAGAACAUUACCAAGGAGUACACUGUGGUAGCUCGUUCUUGCGCAGCUAUCUUUGCCGUGCUGGAGCAACUGCAUCACCUCAAUCACUUCUACCAGUUCUCACUCCAAUACUUUACUCAGAUCUUCGAGACUGUGCUACGCAAGGUUCGUAACGGUUCUAUCACUGGCCAUGCUGCUCGCAUCGAGCAGAUUGUCACCGAGCUCUUCGUGGAUGCAUACCGUCGCACAUCGCUUUCCUUGCUACAGAAGGACCGUGUCACAUUUGCUAUGCUUCUCGUGCAAGCAGCGCCCUACAAGAUGGACAAGACACACAUCGACCAAAUUCUCGACCCUGACCUCAAGGGUAUUGACGUAUCAACCGAGACCGAACGCAAGCAAGAGGCCAUGGAGCGUGCGAGCAAGAUUCCAAUGUUCAAGGAGGAGUUGGAGAAGAUUGAAGAUAGCGCUUGGGAUGCUUUCCUCAACGAAGAGAUGGGGGAACGACACGUACCGCAGGCUUGGCCAGAAGAUCUGGCCAAAUUCGACAAGCUCCUGCGAGCUCUUGUCCUGGUCAAGCUAUUCCGUGUGGACCGCUUCGUGCCCGCUGUUGAGCGUUUCGUUACUGAAGUGUUUGGCAAGGGAAUCUUAGAUGCAAGUGGUGAUCUGGGCGAUAUCGUCAAGCAAGUCAACGCAGUGACACCGGUGGCGCUCAGCUCCAGCCCUGGGUUCGACGCAAGUUACAAGGUCGACAACCUUGUAGAGAGGGAACAAGUCAUUUGCUCCAACAUUGCCAUGGGUUCCAACGAAGGUGCCGCGUCAGCCGACAAAGCUAUCGCCAACGCCGCCACCACAGGAAACUGGGUUCUUGUCAAGAACGUCCAUCUUGCUCCUCAGUGGUUGCAAUCACUCGAGAAGCGCCUCGAAGCCCUCAAGCCCAACCCUGACUUCCGCCUCUUCCUGUCCAUGGAGUCCAGUCCAAAGAUCCCAGUCAACCUUCUUCGCGCCUCUCGUGUUCUUUCUUACGAGCAGCCUGCUGGAGUUCGCGCCAACAUGAAGGACUCGCUAUCUUCUUUGGCCGAGAAGGCUAACAAGCAACCUGUGGAGAAGGCGCGUGUCUACCUUCUCUUAUCCUUCCUCCAUGCGGUCAUUCAAGAGCGUCUCCGGUACGCACCGACACUGGGAUGGAAGGGUUUCUGGGAGUUCAAUGACAGUGACUACGAAUGCUGCAGUUUCAUCAUCGAUACCUGGAUUGACACUAUCGCGCAAGGUCGAUCCAACAUCGCCCCCACCAAGAUCCCAUGGGAGAUGCUCCGCAUCCUCAUCACCGAGAUGUACGGUGGCAAGAUCGACGACGCAGAAGACUGGCGUAUACUCGCUUCUCUCGUCGACGCUUGCAUGACGCCCGCUGCAUUCGAAGACAACUUCAAGAUUGUUAAGGAUACUGAGCAUAGCGAGGGCCUUGAACUACCCAGCACGACCAGCUGGAAGGAAUUCAUGGGCUGGGUCAACGACCUCCCUGAGCGUGAGCCACCUACUUAUCUGGGUCUGCCGGCGAAUGCGGAGAAGUUGUUGUUGGUGGGCCAGGCGAAUAACAUGGUUGGUGGUUUGAAGAGGGUUUUGGAUAUGUUGGAUGAGGGAGAGCAGGUCAUGGCUGAGGCUGAGACUGAGAUAGAGGUUUAG